AUGCUCUUAUGGCGUAGAUGUCUGAGCACCUCUGCCUCCGCUCCGACAAUUGCGGGUCAAAAAUCCCCGCUGUUACUACGAUGUGCGCAGCUGUUGGACGCAUCCCGAUCAACCACCAGAACUGCUGAGACAGCUACUGCUGCUCCUGAUGGGAGCGCAAGUUCUUUAGACAACCGCCAAAUCCGCGUUCGAGGUUUCAUUCGGUCGGUGAGGAAGCAGAAACGGUUCGCGUUUGCUGAGAUCUCGGAUGGGUCGACAAUUAAGUCGGUGCAGGCGAUUUUGACACCGGAACAGGCUGCUCGGUUGUCGACUGGUUCUGCCGUCGAUAUUUCGGGCGUCUGGCAGCCUUGUCCUCCUGGCAAAGAACAAAGCCAUGAGCUUCAUGCGACAGAAGUCAAGAUAACUGGGGAAACGGACCCUGAGGUAUUCCGUUUCCAGCUCGGUGGCUGUUUCGUGCAGGUCCAACCUCCGCUGAUCACAUCGUCUGACUGCGAAGGCGCUGGGGAAGUGUUCACCGUGGUGCCAGGAGAUAAAGUGGGGGGUGCAGAAGUGGAGGAAUUCUUUCGAUCGCCAAAAUACCUCACAGUGUCAAGCCAGCUACAUCUCGAGGCGUAUGCGGCCGAGCUGGGAAAUGUGUGGGCCCUUUCUCCCACCUUCCGAGCAGAAAAGAGCGAUACGCCUCGGCAUCUAAGCGAGUUCUAUAUGCUAGAGGUAGAAAUGAACUUUGUGCAAAGCGUGGAUUCGUUAACGGAUAUUGUCGAGUCAUUAAUUCGUGACCUUACGAAACGACUAUACGAGACUCCAGUUGCGGAAGAGAUAUUCACAGCUAAGAGGACAGGGGAGUCAGGCGCGGAAAAAGUUGAUAAGGGACUACGCCUGCGAUGGUUUGGUAUUAUGGAGGGUGAGAAAUGGCCUCGAAUUACAUAUACCAGCGCGAUCGAGUUGCUUCAGAAAGCUGUUCAAUCGAAGGCCACCAUUUUUAACUUUCCCCCCGUCUGGGAGGAAGGACUUCAACUCGAGCACGAGAAAUUCAUAGUCGAUGAAAUAGGGAAGGGUCGUCCUGUAUUCGUGACCCACUACCCAAAAAGGGUGAAACCAUUUUACAUGGCACCUUCACUAGUCACGGACGAAUCUUCAUCAUCACCAGCAGCAGAAGUACCACAUCAUGAUCCACUCCAAACAAGGGAAACCGUUGCCUGCUUUGAUCUUCUGAUGCCCGAGAUCAGCGAAGUUGUCGGUGGCUCUAUUCGUGAACAACGACUUCCAAAUCUUAUAAAGAACAUGCGUGAGCACGGACUUCUUAAGAAAAAACUCGAAGCUGGUUCAGACGCAGAUAACGCAUCUCCUUCGACAUAUUCGAUAUCGGAGUCGAGUUCGCCAGUAUAUCCCUACCUCCAACCGGAUGAACAUCUCGGCUCAAUUCAAUGGUAUGCCGAUCUUAGGAGAUGGGGCAGUGCGCCUCACGGCGGGUUUGGACUUGGGUUCGACCGAUACCUGGGAUAUCUAGCUGGUGUUUCCAGCCUGAGGGAUGUUGUCCCGUUUCCACGACAUUUUGGACGAGCUGAAUGCUGA